GCAAUGCUGAGAAUUUUGAAAAUUGCGGGCUAGCGAUUUAGCAGCUAGUUUACGUGUCGGUUGUUUUAAGUUUUGUUAAAUUGAUCCCCAAACCAUGACGUCGUAUAAUUUCUUACAACAGUCACGUGUCGGCUUCGAGUCUCCUGCUAAGGUGUUUGCGAAGCUAAAGUCGAAAGUUCAACGGGAGGCGAAUGGGGGAGUUUUUACAUGCAACGGUUCGCUGUAUAACAUCAUAGAGCAACACGGAGGAGCAGGAUUUCACUCGCCCGGGAAGAAAACCGAAUUCAAGGAGAACCGGGAGUUCGGUCCUUGCCACAACGACGCGGAGGCAUUGACUCUGUCGCCCAUUUCGAGUCCUCAAAAACCCAGCGGUCAUCCUCGUAAACCGCUGAAGGAAACCUCUCUGACAACUGACGUACGAAGGGGCAGAGCUUUCCUGGAGUCAACCGCUGUUUCUCAACUUCUCCCUGUGGUCAACGGAGAUCAGACCAGUAACUCGAAUGGUUUCAUCGCAUCCAGAGGGGAUCCAGUGAAGAUGCAGCCCGCUGAGAACUGUGCAAGAAGUGUGUUUGAGAAGAAAACUACCCCUUUCACUUCCGCCAGUGUGUUUUCCCCAAUAAGGAGCAGGCUGAGGAAGAGGAAACUGGAUCAGCAGGAGACAGAUACGUUCAUCAGAGCCCCAGAGGAAAGGAGAAAUCCUGCUUCCACUCAGGAUUAUACCCACAACAGCACUAACCUGCAGGAUUUGGGUCACGGUAGAGGAUUCCCUGCUGAGCAGUCAGGGAUAACCCAGGAUGAAGCCACGCGCCCACAACCAAUGUUCAGUUGCAAAAAAGACUGCAGUGUUCUUUUAGACCAUAUUGCCACUAUGUCCCCGGCCAAGAUGUUUGCUUCAAUGAAGGAGAGAGAGAACAAAAUGGAGAGACAAGAAGUUCACAGAAGCAGCAGGAGGGAACUCUUUGAUGCAGAGAGCUUGCAUGAGUCCACAGACACUCCUGUCCCUAUGRCUCACAGUUUAGAUGAAACAGAGGACACGACUUUAAAAACCACUGCUGACACAACAGGAGUGGUUAACAGAGCCACAGAGGACUCGUGCGACACGCCGUCAGACGCAGACGGCUCUGAGGACACUCUGAUCCCUGCUGCUGCACAACCCAUUCUGCUGGAAGACUCACUUGUGCUCAACUCGCCCCAAAUCUUAAUACCUGAGAAAGGCAAGGUCGCGUUCAAACGCAGCCACUGGCCCCGGCAGAAAAAGUUCCCAGUUGAGAGAGUGAUUCAUCUUAAAAAGUGGUUCUUGAGAAGAAAUCAGAACGGCCUGUUUGUGGAUGGAAUCCAUGGGGAGGACAACGUACCGUGGAACAGUAACAUCAUUGUGGAGAGAGUUUCCAGUAAGGCGGUGAAAACCGUCUCCGGCAGGGUUUACAUCUUAGUUGGGAAGAUGAAGAUAAAUCGCACCUCUGAUUUCCCAAAGAGUUUUUUGAAAAGGUUUAUUUCUGGUUUCCCUCCAAACUGGAACACUCUGUACGAGGAGUUUCUGUCAAAGUUAAAACAGGCUGACGCACCGAAUAGUAACAAAGUGAAAGCCGAGGCCUCCGUCAACCAGUCUGWAAAGAGAGUGACGCCAAAACCUUCAAACACACCUGCUUCCUGCUCUUUCACCGCCGCCUCCUCCUCUUCCGCACAAGUGACUCGAAGUGGCCGACUGAUCAAACCGCCUCUGGAGUUUUGGAAAGGCGGGAGAGUCCUCCUCGAUGCACAAAUGAACGUUACCAUCCAUGAAUGUUACAACAGCGGUACUGUUGAGGUGUCUACGAUAAAAUCUCAGAGGUCGUCAAAGGAGCCGGUCCGACCCAGCAGUGGAGGUUUGAAGCAGAGCGAAUCCACCAAAGAUGAUGAGGAAUCAGCACCAGUGAGGAAGGUUAGAACUUUGCGGAAUCGGAACACGGCCAAGAAGCCUCCUAAUUUAUCUGAAUCCACCUGCGAGGGGUUUAAGGUGCCCGAACUGUGCUUUGGUCAGACAACACGGUCCAGUCAAAGGCUCCUACGGAAGACGGAGGAAAAAAGAACUUAUGUCGUUUCAGAAAAUCAAACUGAAUCUGAAAAGACUUCAACACGGAGUUCUGCAAACCAGAUAAACAGCACCGGGAGGCCGUUGAGAAGUAGGCGGGCCGUCACAAGCAGUCCUGAAUCUCCUCCUGAUGCAGAUCAAACAUCGAACCAUUUGUCAACCGAUGAUGAUGAGUUUCCUAUCAGGAGAAAACAAGGCGUGAACAGUAGGAAAGGCAUGAAGGUUUCUAACACAUCCCAGCCGGAUCGCGGGUCUUCGUCAAGUCAGCCAUCAGAGUCUUUUAAGGAGAGCAGGAAGGGACUGAGAGCGGGAGGUGGCAGAACAAAGCUGCGUGACGAAGAACCAAAACACAGGGAGCGCAGACAAACCAAACCAUCCCCACAGCUCAACAAGAGACGCCUCGCAAAGAAGAGCAGCGCCGUCGUUCUGGAAGAGGACGAUGAAUGGACCGAGGAGGAGCUCCUGAAGCUGGAAGAGGCUGUGUCCUACUAUCAAAAACACGUAACGGGCUACUGGACAAAGGUAGCACUGAUGGUAGGAACACGAUCAGCAGAAGAGUGCCACAGGCAGCACACAUCACAGGGGACAUCUCAGAGUCCGAAAAGAACGGAGAAACACGCAAAGAAAAAGGUGGAAGCAUCAAAACCUCCUGUGUUGGAGCGGCCGGUCAUAUCUGCUCGGUUGGGGACGUUGAAGAGGAAGCAGCAGGUGCGUCAGUUCCUAGAAGCUCUGCCCAAAGAGGACGUUGAUGAUGCUUUCAGCUCCACGUACAUGCAGAACAAACGCUUGGAGAUUCCCUCCAUGUGUCCGAGUGAGGAACAGGACUUUGAGCUGUCAGACUUUGAACCUCAGACCCCGAUGUCUUCGCGUUUCCCUGAAGUGAAGACGCCUCAGUGUUUGCAUAUCACGCCCGGCAUGAUCGGCUCUCUGGACACAAAUCAUGAUGACAAGUUUGUCUAUCAGCUGCAGAAGAGGAUUAAAAAGAAUCGGUUUAAUGUUUGCAAAACAUCACAUUCUUCAAAGAGGUUCACACCAACACCAUCAGUAAAAAAAGCCGUCCGCAGAUGUGGUAAUACAGAAUAUGAUACAUUUUUCAUUCGGGAGAUGUUCCCAGAAAACAACGGAGAGCCGUCUGACAGUGAAGAGGAAGAAGACUUCUACUUUUCAGACCACUGACUGGAUUUAGAACUGAAAUGUCUUUUUCCCUGAUUUUAUUAUAUUUUAUUAUGAAAUUGUUCAUUUAAAUCAAAAUAGGAAGAACAGAUUGAAGAAAAAACGGUAAUUUUUUACUGUCUUUAAAUGGUUUCUAAAAAAUUAGACUAUUUCUUUUCUGUUGUGUAUAAAACGUGGCCAGUUACAGAAUUAAAAAGACUUCUUGGGUGACAUACUAGUGCUGCAAACUUUCAUUAAACCUUUUUUGUAAAUAUAUUUUUGUUUGGGGUAUUUUCUCAAUGAAAUGAUUAUCGUGGUUUUAUAAUAAACUUUUUGUUCUAUUUUUGUUUAA